CUUCAGAACGUUCAUCCCAGAAAGAGAAAAAACCUCUAUUUCCAUAUAUGGCAAACAUAACCGCUACGACUAGUGAUUAAUGAAAUUGUCGAGAUUUAUGCGCCCGACUGUGCCAAAUCCAGCGAAAAAACAAUCUACCACAAACGAGAAUUCGAUCGCGAGUUCAACCAUUGGACGAUUAACGUGUUGAGUGUUUGUAGGCGUAGCGGUUAGUCUUCUAUUUUCGUCCCGGCCGGAAUAUUUCCACUUCGAAAAUGUCCUACGCUUCGAAAAGCAUUUAUGCAACCCUUCCCAAAACUCAAAGAGGCCAACCUUUGGUCUUGGGUGGAGAUCCUAAAGGAAAAAAUUUUCUUUACACAAAUGGAAAUUCUGUGAUCAUCAGAAAUAUUGAGAACCCCGCAAUUUCGGACAUCUACACGGAACAUUCAUGUCAGGUGAACGUAGCCAAAUAUUCACCGAGCGGUUUCUAUAUCGCCUCUGGAGAUCAAUCGGGAAAGGUGCGCAUCUGGGACACCGUCAACAAGGAGCACAUCCUGAAAAAUGAGUUCCAUCCUAUCGGAGGCCCCAUCAAGGACAUCGCUUGGUCUCCAGACAAUCAACGGAUGGUGGUUGUCGGUGAGGGACGCGAACGUUUUGGACAUGUGUUUAUGUCCGAGACCGGCACAUCGGUUGGCGAGAUUUCCGGUCAAUCUAAACCGAUUAAUUCGUGCGACUUUCGUCCAUCCAGGCCGUUCAGGGUGAUCACCGGUUCGGAAGACAAUACCAUCGCCGUGUUUGAAGGACCACCGUUCAAAUUCAAGAUGACCAAACAAGAGCACACUAGGUUUGUGCAAGCCGUCCGUUAUUCGCCGAGCGGCAACCUUUUCGCCUCGGCUGGUUUCGAUGGAAAGGUUCACCUUUACGACGGUACUAGCUCAGAUUUGGUAGGAGAAGUUGGAUCUCCCGCUCACGCUGGUGGUGUCUAUGGGGUGGCGUGGUCUCCAGACGGUAAACAGUUGCUCACGGCCAGUGGAGACAAGACUGCUAAACUUUGGGAUGUUGAAACGCGUCAAGUGGUCACUGAGUUCAAAAUGGGUAACACUGUUGAGGAUCAACAAGUCUCUUGUUUAUGGCAAAAUCAGUAUCUUUUAACCGUGUCUCUAAGCGGAUUUAUAAAUUAUUUGGAUGUUAACAACCCGGAAAAACCUUUAAGGAUUAUUAAAGGACACAACAGGCCAAUCACCGUUCUUACCUUAUCCGACGAUCGUUCUUCCAUAUUUACAGGGUCCCAUGACGGUUUCGUCACCAGAUGGAACACUGAAAACGGAGAAAACGAACGCAUCGAAGGUGCAGGACACGGAAAUCAAAUCAACGGUAUGCGGGCUCACGAGGGCACGGUUUAUACCUGUGGCAUUGACGACAGUCUCAAGCAGAUCGAUAUCGAGGGCAAUGUCUAUAAACCCCAGGAUUUGAAAUUGGGUUCCCAACCACGCGGCAUGGACAUCCACCGCGCCGACCGUACGGUCGUCACAGCCAGCGUGAACGAGAUUACUGUUUCGAGAGAUUGCCAGAAGAAGAGCGUCGUGAAGGCGUCCUACGAGCCGUCGAGCGUUAGCAUUUCGGGACAGGGACACGUGGCUGUUGGCGGUGCUGGCGACAAUAAGGUUCAUUUGUUUGAAUUGAAAGGGGAUGAGUUGAGUCCUCUGCAAGAACUGGAGCACCUGGGUCCAGUCACGGAUGUGGCCUACUCGCCCGAUGACAAGUAUCUGGUGGCGUGCGAUGCCAACAGGAAAGUUGUACUCUAUGAAACUACCGAGUACAAGAAAGCUAAUAAUCAAGAAUGGGGCUUCCACAACGCACGUGUAAAUUGUGUCGCCUGGUCUCCUGAUUCUCAACUAGUGGCAAGUGGAAGUUUGGACACAAGUAUUAUUGUUUGGUCUGUGGAUAAACCUGCCAAACAUAUUAUUAUCAAAAACGCUCAUCCACAAAGUCAAAUUACUAGACUCUCCUGGGUGGAUAACACGACUUUGGUGUCUGUUGGUCAAGAUUGUAACACCAAACUUUGGACAAUCACACCUUUUUAAAAUAAAAAAAAUUCGGAGCCAUUUACAGGUUUUAAGUUACUAUUUGUUUUUGCAUCCCAGUUAUUUAUUUUAAAAUGCAUUUAAUAUACCCAAUUUUUAACGCUUAUUUAUUUUGUACCGUGCAAUUUUAUUGAAAAGUCUUAGUCAAAUUAUUUAUUCCAUGUCAGUUUUUGCAUUUUUUUGUGUUUUUGAUAAUAGUGUGAACUCAAUUACUUCAGGAGUGUUAUGGAAUUAUUAAGGCCAAUAUGAUUUGUAUAACAAUAUAGUAUUAUUUUAACUACAUACUAUUUAUAAAUAAACUUGAUUCUAUAACAA